AUCCUGCAGCACAUGCAUGGGAAAAUGUGAUCUGUAUCGGCGAUUGGUGGUCAUCGGCACUCUGGCUGAUUGGUAUCGGUGAUCGGCAGCAAAAACCCUGAAAGGAAUGUCCUUAGUUGAGACUUGUCAACUAUAAAAAUAGCACAGUGUUGAAUUUAAAGAAGCUCCUGGGUGGAGGUAUGCAGUACUUUUUUUAUAUCAAAAUGUCUCUUAGAAGAGAUUCAGAAGGGGGAAGCAAGCCUUGCUUUGAACCUGGCCCACCGUCAUGGAUAUCCAUUGUGAUGUAUGUAGUUAAUAAUUUGUCCACUCAGUUUCAGAUUGUGUGUUUAAGAGCAGAACAUUUGUGCUUAUGCAGCGUAAUUGUUCAUAGAUGUGCUAAUGCAAAAGUAUGUUGAGGGAAGGACGUUGUUUGCCCUUGUACAUGUCUCGAAACAAUCUAAUCUGCGUCUGGUUUUCUGUCCACAGAAUCCCAGACUGAAGUCGUGCAGCUAGGCCUUUCUCUAAAAUGGGAUUUUCAGAAUUCUCUUAAUUCCAGCAAAGCCUCUCCUGUUGCAGAGCGAAGGGCUGCCAGCAGCUGUUGGCCUGCACUCAGUCUUCAUAUUGAUUUCCGGCCUCCAGAAAUGGAGAUUCCUUAAAGCUCGCUGUAGUCUAAUGGCAUUAUUCAACACCCCCGCCCACUCCUAGCCAACACUAACCACCGUCUCUGUUAAGGUCUCCCUCCGCUCCAUUUGUCUCCUUGUAUUCGUUUAUCAAAUUAAAAGCCUUUCUAUAGAGGGCCGGACUUGGCCGGCAGGCGAAGGGGCACUGAGAUGGCAGCCUGCCGGAGGUGGAAAAUUCACUUGAGUGUGUGUAGGAAAUUUGUCAGUGCGCGUGUGCGUAUACGUGUCUACUCAAAUAGGCUUAUUGCUGGCUAAGCUGGUGUACUGAGAAACGGGUUAAAGGAGUCGACGGGCAAGCAGCCAUGAAGGAGUGUGAGAUCAACCUCACUUGGACUGGAAGACCAGGCAGGUGAGAGGAGCGGGGAGCUUCUCUCUCUCUCCCUUGAGAUAAGGACUAUAAUGCAUAUGCUGGGCAGAAUGGUCUCGUGAUUUUAGCUACUUCUCUGGCUGUUUAUUCAGUCGCCCCGCUAAGUCUUUCUCAGAUACUUUGAUAAAUAAUAUAUUAACACAAGUGGAAGCAUGCAUGAGUAAAUGCUGAGGUCACAACCUGCUGAAGGACGUUGAGGGGAGGGGAUGCUCCAGAUAAAGAAGUCACAGUUGAAGCAGGUGGCUCUCUGCGAUUGGUGCGUGGUGAUGAGCUGAAGCUGGAGUAAAAAUAAAAGGAACUUGUGUGAGCGCAGCUUGUACUGAGUGAGUAUCACUUUUCCUUUAGGAUUCCUUCAUGCAACACCCCGUAAUGAUUGAUCGCUGAAUUUGAGUCAGUGGAGGAGAGUUGUAUUCGGAGUUCUUUUUGUUUUUACACAUGCAGGUGCUUGGUACUUGUUGGCGCUUAGAUCGCUUUUUCUAAGAGCUGGACACAUUUGAAAAUAUUUGGUGAAAUCAGUGUAACAUUCAGAAUCUUCUAGACUUUUCGGGGAUUGUUGAAGAUCGUCGUGUUUGUGGUUGGCUGAGUGACCAUAUACAGUUUCAUCAUGAAUAUUCACGAGCCAUGUUUAGCCAUUGUUAUGCUCCAAAUCUUAACUUAUUUAUAUUUGAGGUUGGAGCUGCUUGUUCUGUGCCUACACACUUUUCUAUGUUUGCUGAACCUAAUAAAGAGCGCUGUCAUCAGGCCACUUAAAAAUAGCAUAUAAGCGAAUUAACUGAUUGCAGAUCAGCGGUCAGUGAAGUUAUGAUGGCUUUAUUAAUUGAAUGCGUCAAGCUUGAAUGUCAACUCAUUAGCUUCUGCUUCUACUCAUUCAAGCAUCUCACCUGGAGACUAAAGACUUUCUGCGAGGCUGCGGUCCACAGAGACUUGUGUUAUCAGCCAUGCUGAUUCGCUGGAGGUCACCCAGACUGUCUCUGCCACGCUGCAUUGUUGUGGUGUUUGAGUGAGACCUGAUAACUGCCCCCUCCCUGGCCAGGGGGGUGGGACACUCUCAAGUUCUUUCUUCUUCUACAAGCUCUGGAGGUCCAGAAUGAUGGGUGGAGGAUGAAUUCUCACGGUCUUCUUAGACAUCCACGUGUCUUUGCUGCUGCCUCUCAACGGCCCCUUUGGCCCACUGGGGCGCAACAUUUCUCCCGCUGCUCGCCCCUGGCCGGGUGACCCCCCCGAGCCCUCCUCUCCUGGCCCUGCUGGUGGAAAAGGCGAGUUGGCCCGCGUAAAUAUGAACGGAUGGAGGUCUCAGUGGCAUCUGCUCCUACUGAACUCCCUCACCUGCGGUCUGGAGAUCUGCGUGGCAGCUGGGAUCACGUACGUGCCCCCUCUGCUGCUGGAGGCCGGGGUGGAAGAGCGCUACAUGACCAUGGUGCUGGGUAUUGGCCCGGUGCUUGGUCUCCUCUUCAUCCCUCUGAUCGGCUCGGCCAGUGACCGCUGCCACAGCAGCUAUGGCAGGAGACGGCCGUUCAUCUGGCUGCUGUCUCUGGGCGUCCUGGUGGCACUUUUGAUCAUUCCUCAUGCUGACGUGCUGGCUGCCCGCCUCGCCUGGGGCGGACGCACCCUGCAGGUUGGCUUCCUCAUCCUGGGAGUCGGUCUGCUUGACUUCUGUGGACAAGUGUGCUUCACACCACUGGAGGCCCUUCUGUCCGACCUCUAUCGAGAGGAGGAGGACUGCAGCCAAGCCUUCGCCAUGUUCUCCUUCAUGGUCAGCGUGGGCGGCUGCAUCGGUUAUCUGCUCCCCGCCGUGGACUGGAGUCACAGCAUCCUCUCAGAUUACCUGGGGGGCCAGGCCGAGUGCCUCUUCUCCUUACUCAUCCUCAUCUUCAUCUCCAGCGUGCUCAUCACCAUGAAAGUGUCCGAGGAGCCAUCGAGUGCUGGGAGCAUUCCGGUGGGCUCCGGGUCUCUGCUGGACUCGGGGAGCGGUGCAAUGGAGGCGGGCCAGUGUGGAGUACCGCGGCCUUGCUGGUACCUGCUCAAGUGCAAGUUGAGACUGCUGAAAUCUGGACCUCUUGUAUGUUUGCUGAGAACAUGCUGGACUAUGACCCCGGCAAUCUACAGGAGCUACUGCCACGUCCCCAAAGUGAUGAGGCGGCUGUGUGUGGCUCAGCUGUGCAGCUGGAUGGCGGUCAUGUCCUUCAUGCUGUUCUUCACCGACUUUGUGGGAGAGGGAUUGUACCAGGGCGUUCCCAGCGCCUCGCCAGGAAGUCUGUCCAGGCAACAGUACGACGAAGGCAUCCGUAUGGGCAGCCUGGGGCUUUUUCUGCAGUGUGCUACCUCAACCUUCUUCUCCCUGGUCAUGAGUCGCCUGGUGCGCCACUUUGGUUCCCGCUGGGUCUACCUGAGCAGCAUGGUCAGCUUCACCGUCUCUGCUUUGGUCAUCUGCCUCUCCAAGAGCGUGGUCCUGGUCACAGCCAUGGCCGCCCUCACUGGUUACGCAUACGCCAUGUUGCAGACGCUGCCGUACACGCUCACCUGCCACUACCACAAGGAGAAAGAGAUCUACAUGCCAAAAAGGAAAACCAAAGGCCUGCUUAAAAAUGGCGUAGCAACCAAGCAGGACUAUAUAAGUCCCGCAGAAGAAGAAGCCGGUCUGAUCCACCACGUCUUCUUCAGGCAGGACAGCUACGAUUUCUACCCCAACAACAAUCAGAACGGCUCCUCCCACAUCCCUGUCGCGGGCGAGUUGGAGGCGGCGGACGCCGGUUGUGAUAAGCGCGGCGUGGGCUUGGACUUCGCCAUCCUGGACAGCACCUUCCUCCUCUCUCAGGUCUUUCCCACUCUCUUCAUGGGUAUGAUCGUCCAGUUCGCGCAGUCCGUCACCGCCUACAUCGCCUGCGCCGCCAUCUUCGGCGUCGUCGCCAUCUACACGGCGAGUCACAUCGUCUUUGACCAAAAGGACCUCAAAAGCUGAGCGGGGGGAGGAUUUCUUAGUUUGACUAUGAUGCACUGCUGUUCCCAGAAUGCCUUUUGGUUUGUAGUCAGUCAAGUGCCACCGCUGGGUGAAGAGAGGUUUUACAUGUUUGGUCUUUUUACCCAACAAAUGUUUUUCUCAGGAAUCAUCAAGCAAAUUUACUGUAACGUCAAGUUUGUAAAUGUUUUUUUUUAACCCUCCUGCAGUGUCACAUGAGGCAUCAGUCGCCUGGCGUUUGCAUUAUCUACUGCUCAGACUCACUUCCUGUUUCGUUUCAGUCAUGUGUUUAAGUUCCUCAACAACUGAAACUGAUGAGUGGUAGAACACAAGGAUCCUGAGGUGAGACCCUCAAGUGUGCUCCGAGAAUUCAGCUCCGAGCAGCAACACAAACCCAAAUCACACGAAUUGAUUCUAAUUUUAAUCUCAAUUAAUCGCACUAGGGCUGAGUUAACUCGAGAUUAAUGGCAAAUUAAUCUCACAUUUUGCAUCUGACCAAAAUGCAACUUCAAGUAAGGAAUUUAGUCUUCACAGAAGUGACCAUGAAUGCUUUCAAUGUUAAGCUGAAUGAUGUUCUUGACAGUAUCUGUUAUGUUGGGUUGUUGGUGGCAAACAAAUGUUAGCAUCUUUACAAGUUACAUUUAGAACAGAUACAAUUCCUGUCUAAAACACAUUAAUCUGAAAAUGAAAUGCAAAAUUCUGUUAUUGAACUGUCUGUCAUCAAAAUAGUGCCUUUAGAAACGCCCCGAAAAACCGUGACGUGGUCGUCUCAAGCUCUCAUUAUAGCGUCAACUAAAGCGAGGGCCACAGAAUACCAAACUUGGUUCCGCCUGCUGCAGCACUGCAGAGUUCGAUAUGAAAAUCCACGUCCUCAUCAGCAGUUGGGCGCACAGAGAUAAAAAAAAAAAAGUGGAGCCAGUGAGUCAUCGGCCAGAUAAGUGAUGUUGACUCUGUAUCACACUCAGACUCAACAAAUAGCAAGUUUAUUUUCAGAUGGAAAAACACAAUUCUUGUGUUUUGUCCGGCACACACACAGACACAGACAGGUCUCCAGCUAUUGUUCUUGUCUCUCAACAUUCUGCAAGCAGCAAGGGCUUCGCUGAAAACGGGUUUUCAAAGAUGUGAGGCUUUCAAUGACAUUUUUUCUUUUAAAUUAUGUCCUACUUAUCCACCGUAUAAAAUGGAAACUGAAUUAUGAACAAAUCAAUCAAUUUUUUUAACCAGACUUUCACUGUACAAGAAAUGUUUAAAAGUUUUCUUCAUCAGUUAUAUGAAAAUAUUAUGUAUCAGAAUAGCUCACAUCUGUUUUUCUGUCAGUUGCUAUGAGGAUCAUUACAAAAGGGCAGAAAAACUCCUGCGUCCAUGAAGAUAUAGAAGACUAAAGAGUUUCCUUCAACUAUCAAAAGAGAAUUUUAAGUGCAAUCUGGAUAAACAGUUAAAAUUUAAAAGAAUAUCUCAAAGUUUACUGAUGUUUUUACCGGAUGUGGAGAUGAAUAAAUGUGUGAUGUCAUUUAAACAGUAGACCUGGAAAACGCCUUGUGCAGUGAAGCGAUCUGAUCUCCAGUCUCGGGUCUCCGCGCUCGACCUCUAAUGAAGUAGUUUUCCUUCCAUCCUGUCAUCUCUGACGACAAUCAGUAAAGUGUUGUGCAGGGAGCGGUGACGUCUCACUCGAAUUCAUGAUGCUGGGAUUAUUUAAGAGCUGCAAGUGCCACAGCGUGAGCAAUUUAAAGAGACGUUCUUCUGACUCACAAUGGUGGAAACAUUUGGUCAGAGUGGAAACAUCCAGGUGUUCAGAUACCAGACUCUCGAACGGACCCCAAGGAUCGGAUGAUCCGCUCGGCGUGGGAGAAGCUUUACCCGGAUUUGCCAAGUUCUUGCGCUGAACAAACAAGCCGCUGUGUUUACUCGGAAAGACGCAGGAACGCGUUGUCAUGCAGUAGCACAAACAAGUGCCUGUGCAUUGUUUUUUUUUUUAAAUCUUUGUACAUACAUAUUUAUUUAAUAUGCUUUUACAAAGUUGUAACUCUUGGCCUCUGUCAGGUGGUCUCUGUGAAAAAGAAAUGAUUUCUAUAGGUGCGACAAAGACGCAUCCACAAAGUUAUAAUUUAUUUGAUCCUCUUUUGCUGACGUCUAUGUAUUUAUCAACUUUUAUUUUUACUGGCUCAAUUCAGCCUCCCUCAAGAUCAGAUCGCGCUGGUGAAAGGUCUUCUGUGGGCCACGUUGACUCCAAGCUGAAUGUUCUCAGUGCCAAUCCGUCAUUUCUUUUUUUUUUCCCCUGACAACCAACACACUUGGGAGACUUUUGUCUUUGAGUCAACCUGGAUGAAUCCAUGUGAUUGUGUUUGAACAUGCAGUUGCGAAAUAGAUUUUAUAUGGGGCUGAUAAUAAAAGAUCUGCAUUCUUAUUCAAGUGUGUUGACGU